ACAGGCCGGGGACCGCCCCGCGGACAGCCCGCUCCCCCAGUGCGCUCCGGCCCCGGGACGCGCAGUCCCCGUGUCGUCGGGGCUCCGGCCGGGCGGGCAGGCGCCGCCGGGUGGAGAUGGGCUCCCGCCGGAGACCCCUGAGCCGCUCCUACUCGGGCAACGGGCGCUACUCGCUCUACAGCCCCAGCAGCGCCCCGGGCCCCGGGGCCGAGAGCGAGGAGGGCGAGGGGCCCGGCUGGAGCACCCGGCCCGACAGCCGCAGUUACCUGCUCAGCAUCCGGCCCGAGAACAGCUUAUCAGGCAACCGAUUAUCUCCCUCCAGCUUUAGAAGGAGCACCUUCUGCACAAUCAUUGCUCAGCUGACUGAGGAGACCCAGCCACAGUUUGAAACUACCCUCAAAUCUCGUGCUGUAUCUGAGGACUCUGAUGCCAAAUUCACAUGCACAGUAACAGGCUACCCCCAGCCAGAAGUGACCUGGUAUAAGGAUGAUGAGGAGAUGGACCGAUACUGCGGCUUACCGAAGUAUGAGAUUUUCCGGCAUGGAAACCGCCACACCCUGCAGUUAUACAAAUGCAGAGAGGAUGAUGCGGCCAUUUACCAGGCCUCUGCUAGGAAUACCAAAGGCAUUGUGUCCUGUUCCGGUGUCCUGGAAGUGGGAACCAUGACGGAGUAUAAAAUACAUCAGAGGUGGUUUGCCAAACUCAAGCAAAAGGCUGAAGCCAAGUUGCAUGAAAUAGAGCAGAGCCGAAAAAGAGGGAAAGAAAACAUGGAGGUGGAGAAGUUGAGGAGGACAAGUCCUGAAAGAUUCCAGCGAAAGCGCCGGCUGACUGGGGAUUUGAACCUGCGUUCAGGUGUCUCCCUAUGGGACAAGGAAGCUGUAGCAAAGGUGCAUGUUGUGGAUCCUAAGUCAAGGUUACGGGAAGAUGUUGCAGAGCCCAAGGAGCCGUCCUUAAAUGCAACCGCUGGAUUUUCAAACAACUUCCUAACAAGGCCUCAGGAUGCAGAGGUGACCACCAAUGGAGACUCCUCUAUGGAAAGCGGGGAGGAAAAUGGAAAUAGCUUUUUCACAUACAUCUAUGAGACGGUGGAGGAAAUAACUACCAAGCCCACCACCAGAGAGUCCUUUGCUAAAAAGAAGAAAAAGAAAGGGGAAGAGCCUGCUGCUGUAAUGGCAGCAAAACAGGAAGUUUCAAGUCAAGAAAAUGGGCUGAUAGAGAGCCAAAAUCUCUCCCAAAGUCAAAGAAAUUCCCCUUCUGUUGCCCUGCCGGGGAGCAUGCAGUCAGUAGCUGCAGUCAGCCAGCUGGUGGGAGAUGUUCCAGAAGUCAAAGAACUUGGAACGCCCAGCAGUCAGGAUGCUGAAACUGGCAUACCUCAGCCAUGUUCCCCACCUUCCAGGGGUGACACUUACUUCCCCUUGACAGAGAUGUAUCUUGAGAGUGGAGCAAAACAUGUAAUGGAAGAGAAGAUGCCACAAACUCCAGAAGAAGCCGAGAAUGGGACUCAGUUGCAGUCUCCGGCUGUGAGCAUUAACAGGCAAAGAGAGACUCCUCCACCAGCAUCUGAGGUGUUCCUAGUAGGGGCUGUAGCAGGAGAGGAGCAAAAAGGCCAACCUGUGGAACAGGAACUAGAGGAGAAUGAGGCCAUAGGUACUAAGGUAACCAAAAAGGAAAGUAAACCGCAUGGGAAUUUGAACAAGAAGAGAGUUGAGCCUCCUAGCAGGACCCUGGAACCGAGCUCUGAGAUGCGGCACUCCCUCCUAAUGGCAAAUGCAUCAGGGACUUCUUGCAUCUCCUCGUGCAAAAAUGUCCAAGAAACAGACUUGCUGGACUCUGUACAACUGAACACCAAGCAGCCCCUUCAGCAUACUACCUCAUCUCUGAAUCAAGGGGCCCUGUGUCUGGAUGUGUCUCAGCUGAGAGAGGAGGCAGGAGGAAGCUUGCUUCAGGGCUCCCUGGAAGAACAGGUGGUCUUCAAAGUGCCGUGUGAGGCUCGGGAGGCAGUGAAGCAGGUAGUGUUGUCCACCAGUGACCUGAAACAUUCAGCGCUGGAGCCAACGGAGGACACUAAUCCUCGAGGCAGCCAAUUAAAGGAGCUCACAAGAGGGAAGCCCAUCUGCAUGGAGAGAGAGACAGAGCAGUCUAAACAGCCAUCCAGCCCCAGGCCGCGAGGAACAGGGAUGCUGAAAAUAUGUGAAGAGAGUUCCCAGAGGCCUCCUGCUGGAUCUCCUGGCCUCACACAGCCCAGCUGGGAGGAACAUCCACCUUGGAAAGAGGAGGGAGCAGGGCAUUCCCUGAAUUUCCCAGGCAAAGAGACCCAGCAAAGACCAACUCCAAGUGAGGAGAAUGAGGAGCUAGCUACAGCUGGGUCAGCAUUGAAGAAAGCAAGUCAUAUGCCUGGAGGCAAAGCCCUGCUUAAACCAGGUGCCUGCUGGAGUGGAAUGGGGGAGGGUGAGAAGAUUGCUCAGCCAUUAACUGCAGAAUCCGAGCCAGCUGGAAGCUGGCUAGGGGACAGCUUGUCCUGCACAGAGGUAGAGGAAAACCCUGUGGAGCCCUUCCAUGAGACCUCACAGCAAGCAGGUGGAGUGGUGGGUGGGGUGUCCUGGGUACCUAAACAGGCAACUCCGGUCUCCACCCAGGUGAGUAAGGAAGAGCUGCAUCCCACUGCCAUUGCAGAGAUCUCCGAGUCUGUGGAAGCACCAGGCUCAGCUUCCCCUUCUCCAGUCAAAGAAGCCCCUGCUGAUGGGAAACAAUCGGCAGCCCAGCCACCAGGUGACGUGAAAAGAGAAAUGGAGACUGGGAAAACAAAUGGAUCUGCACUAACGCUAGCUGCUAUGCCUCACCGCGAGCAGCUUCCAGUCAGCCCUGCCAUGGAGCGCAGUGCCAAGCUGGCACCUGUGUCACUGACUCCUGAGAGUGGGGAGGAAAGUGAGCAGAGAGCUGUGACUCCAGGCAAAGAGCCAGUGGCUGCAGCUGGGAGAAACAGCAUGACCUCUACAGGUACAUCUGAACUGAAAAUGGAGGUGCUGCUCACCCCGCGGGCUGAAGAGAGAACUCCGGAUGGGGAGGUAUCCCUGGAGCACAAAGUACAGCACAGAAACCUAGUGUCCUCCUUGAAGAAUUAUUUACUUCUGCUUUUAAAAAUGUCCUCGUCGGAGCCGGAUAAAAGUAAGGGCCCCACAAAGAAGGACACUGAGACUGAAGAGAAAGAGAGCCAGCCUGCUGGGGAGGAGAAAGCACUGUUGGAAGUGGGCAUUGCAGGGCUAAGCCCCGGCACAUCAAGGAAAAUCUUAGAAAGGGUGCAAAAUAACCAACUCUUCCAAAGUGCAGAGAGCUUGCAUUUAAGCCCCAGAACGUCUAGAAGGCUCACGGGAAUGAUUAACCAAGAGUUAGUUACCAGCAAAGAGGCUCUGGGUAUCAGUCCUUUAGCAUGUAGCACACUGCCAGCUAGGGAGGCCUCUGAACCAGAAGGGUCUGCCCUGCUUUCUGUCCCUUCUAUCGUGGUGGGUAACGUGCCCCUGGAGGGAACAGGACAGGCAGAUGAUGGGCUUUCUGAUCUGCAUCUUGAAGGCAGCACGAAGGAGAACUCCAGUGACCUGGUUGCAGCAUUACCUUGUGCCACACCAGAGGAGCUUGCCUCCGGGGCUCGACGCAAGAUAUACUUGGCCAAAAGCAAGCAGGUGGAGGAGGCAGAGGCUGCAGCCUCAGAGAGCCAAGUGCAUCUGAAGAGGGACAGCCCCACUGUGUCUCCCCGACAGUCCAGGAAGAACCCAGCUCUGUUACAAGCCCCUGUCCCAACUCUGUCUCCUCCUAUGGACCGACACUCCCCAACCCUUCUCAGAAAGAUGGCGACACUUGAAGUUCCCAAGGCGUACGAGGAGCCCUCAGAGGAAAUCAGUAGGACCCUUGAAGGCCCUGAAGUUACCAAGCAGGAAGGACAGGCAGGGGAGUCGAGGAAAACAAACAAUCCAUUUAAAGCCCCCCAGCUAAUUCGUAAGAUCAGAGCAGAACAAUUUUCUGAUGCAUCAGGAAAUCUGAAACUUUGGUGCCAGUUCUUCAAUAUUUUGAGUGACUCGAAGCUGACGUGGUACAAGGACGAGUUCCCUGUAGCAGAAGCCAGACGGAGCUCAGGUGAUGAGGGGCAGGCAGCCCUGGCCAUUGUGCAGGCAUCCCGGAAGGACUGUGGCGUGUACCAGUGCACCAUCGAGAAUGAGUAUGGCACCGACUCCACCGACUUCCUACUCAGCGCAGAAGUGCUGUCGGGAUUCAUCUCCAGAGAAGAAAUUGAAGUCGGCGAGGAGAUCGAAAUGACCCCCAUGGUGUUCGCCAAGGGCCUGGCCGACUCAGGCUACUGGGGGGACAAGUUCUUUGGGCGCGUUGUGAGCGAGGACAUGGAGGUGGGCGCCGGCUUCCUGCGCAAAGCCUGGCGCGCCAGGACAAUCUACGGCCUGGAGCCCGUCUUCGAGUCCGGCCGGACCUGCAUCCUCAAAGUGCACAACCUCAUCGUCUUCGGGACCAAGAACGAGAACACGCUCAUCGAGAAGAACUACGACAUCACCAUCCAGGAGUGCAAAAUCCAGAACUCGAGCCGGGAGUACUGCAAGAUCUUUGCUGCUGAAGCACGGGCCAUCCCAGACUUCGGGGCGGUGCCCGAGAUCAUCCCUCUGUAUCUCAUUUACCGACCUGCCAACACUGUCCCAUACGCCACCAUCGAGGAGGACCUGGCAGGGCCCUUUGAGCGGUACUGCGUGAAGGAGCGGGACAGCAACCUGGCUGUGCAGAGCAGCUCAGAGAUCGCACAGAAGUGCUGCGCCUUCCAGCACUGGCUCUACCAGUGGACAAAUGGAAAUAUCCUUGUGACUGACAUGGAAGGCGUUGGGUGGAGGAUCACAAACGUGAGGAUAGCUACAAAGCUGAAAGGGUACCAGGGGCUGAAGGAGAGCUGCUUCCCGGCCCUGCUGGACCAGUUUGCUGCUGCUCACCAGUGUAACCGCUAUUGUGAGAUCCUGGGCCUGAAGAGUCUGGAGAGCCUGCAGCAGCCAGCCAAGCCCAAGGGCUCCAAGAGCCCCUCCCUGGGCAGGAAGGCCCCCUCAGCCCAGUCCAGCCCCCAGCUGCAGAAGAAAGGCCUGGCAAGCCCCCAGGGCACCCGGAAGGGCACCGUGAGCCCCAAAGCCUCCCGGAAAUCCACUGAAGCUGGGGAGGCCCAGCCGGCCCCGAAGCACAAAGGGCUGGAGAGCGACAGGUCCAGCCAGCUGCAGUAGCCAGAGCCUUGGUGCAGCCACGCAGGCAGUAUGCCGCCGCGCACACCUGGAAAGGGGACCCAGACGCCGCCGCUUCCUGUGGCUCCCAGCACGCCCCCCGCGCUGCGCUCUGUGUGGUGUGCGAGUGAAGCAGUGACUAGGCUGGCGCCGGUGCCGGGGGGCCCUGGGUAGCCUAGUGGUCCGGAGCUGGCUCGGUGCACGGCAGGGCCUGCACAGCCGCUGCAGGGAGCACGGCAGCUCAUCUCUGUUACCUCUUUAAAGCAACAGCUCAUCCAGGCCGGCCAGCCUGCCAAGAAGCCCCAGCUGCCAGGGCCAUGCAGGCGCCACAGUGCCCUGUGUAGAGGGUAUUGGGGCAGUGCGCCAGCCUGAUCACCAGGGGGCACUGGCCAUUGCCUGAUGGUGACCCGGAGGCUCGUUUUCCCAACCCCUCCUUUAGACUGUGCUGGCUUUUCUCUGGCUCUGCUCCGACGCCUGGCCCUGGUGUUCUCUGCUGGCGACCCCUGGAGGAGAGCGAGCAGGCUGGUGCUCCUUGGUGUGCCACUAGGAAUGUGCCGCUCUACCCUGCCAGCCUGCAGCUGUCUACAGUGCACUGACCCCGCUCGGGCAUGUGUGCCACAAAGGCAUGGUAGCUCUUUGGUCCCCCCUGGCUCACAGCACCUCCUGGUGUUUUCCUCCCAGUGGAAAUCCCUGACCCCAGGUCCCUCAUAGGCCGUACACAGGCCCUACUAACCUCUGCUGUAGCUUCCCUGAGCCCGGCUAGUUCAGCACCUCUCUCCGGUCCCACCCCAUGCCCAUUACCUACUCACUAAUCUGUA